AUGCCGUUAGACGAGCAGGUCGCGCGCGAUGUAAGCGAUGUAGAGAAAAGUCAGCGAGAUGUAACGGCAAGUCCUGAGAAAACGGAGCAGAAACACAAAGGCAUUGAUACGCGCGACAUCAAUUCGCCGCGCAGACACCGGUCGAAAUCCUGUCUGGAGCUGCGUCUGUUCUGCCUGAGAUUGUGCCGCGCGAAGAAAAGAUGUUCCGAGCGCGUUCUGAGGAAGCCGACGAGACGAGUUCUCGAGCGAAUAAAGGCGCGAAGUAAGGAGUGCGGGAAGCGCGACGAUACGGCAGUCGCCGGUGUGUCAACCGCGCCGCAUCGAGAAUCGAUAAGCCAUCGGGAUGCCCCGAAGAAAUCUAGGAGAGGUCGUAAACAAGACGAGGCGGCAGAGGUCGCCGAUAAGGACACCAGGGCGGAGAGAAAGGAACGGAGGAAGAGGGAGAGAGAGGCGAGGAAGAGGAAGGCGCUGCCGGAGGAGGAGGAGGAGGAGGAGGCGCCGCCGGUGAGGAGAGACAGGCGCGAACGCGAGGAGCUCGUCUCGCGGGCCGCGGACGUGCGUCCGGUGGCGCGCGACGACGACCUCGUCGCCGAGGACCUGGUCCCGGUGCGGCCGCCAUCGAUCGCGGACCUGGCGAAGAGCUGCUGCUACUUGUGCGCCCGGAACGCGCUUGCAAUCGCGGCCGCCUCCAGGCCGGAGCAGUCCGACAAGUGGGUCCAAGUUUCGGCCCAUAAAUUUCACGCGGAGACGCCCGCAACGCUCGAUAAGAGCUGCAGCCCGAUUCUGCUGCUGGUGCGCACCGUGCAGUCGUCCGUCAAAGUGAGGACGCGGGAGACCGGUACCCUCUGCCCCGGCAUAGCGAGCGCGGUGCCGCGCGCGAAGAAGCGCAAGAAGUUCGCCGUGUUCCGGGGGCUGACGCGGACCAAGUGUCCGGCGGGACCGCGUGCCGUCUGCGAGACCGGCAAGUCCACCGCCGCCAGGCGCGACGAUAACGCGGAAAAACGCGAGCCGAGACACGAGAGGUGCUGCAGGGAGAGGAGCGCCUGA